GCCUCUAAGUAGCACGUUUUGACGGGUAGCGCAACUCGACAGAACCCCAGGUGUGGGAUUGCGCGGAGGGUCUGCUGGGUGGUGGUGAUGGUGGCUGCGGGUCUGUGGGUGUUUAACUCCAGUAUUAAACGGCUGGUAAACUCCUCCCCGGCCGAGUUUCUGCUCAUGCGGUGCUGCAGCUCCACUAAAUACACUGAGAUUUCGUCGCAGGCGAGGAAGCGGGUGAAGGCGGAGGGCGACGCGGCUCCAGCGGCGGACUCCAGCAGCCUGAGCUGCAGCCUGAGCCCCGAGCAGCUCCACAGGAUCGCCGCGAACAAGAAGGCGGCGCUGCAGAGACUCGCCGCCCGCUGCGCUCCGGACGGGCUCGGGGAGAGCUGGCAGAGAGCGCUGAGCUCCGAGUUCACAAAACCCUACUUCAAACAGUUAAUGACUUUUGUUGAUGGAGAGAGGCAGAAACACACAGUCUAUCCACCCCCUCACCAAGUCUUCACCUGGACACAGAUGUGUAAGAUUGAAGAUGUAAAAGUUGUGGUUCUUGGCCAAGAUCCAUAUCAUGGACCUAACCAGGCUCAUGGCCUGUGCUUCAGUGUACAGAGGCCUGUUUCUCCUCCUCCAAGUUUGGUGAACAUGUAUAAAGAGCUGGAGGCAGACAUUGAGGGCUUUAAGCAUCCAGGUCAUGGUGAUCUGACUGGAUGGGCGAAGCAAGGUGUUCUGUUGCUGAACGCUGUGUUAACUGUCCGAGCACAUCAAGCCAACUCGCACAAGGACCAAGGAUGGGAGAAGCUGACAGAUGCUGUGGUACACUGGCUCAGCACCAACCUGGAGGGUCUGGUCUUCAUGCUAUGGGGAGCCUACGCUCAGAAGAAGGGAGCUACAAUUGAUCGAAAACGACACCACGUGCUCCAGACUGUUCAUCCCUCCCCACUGUCGGCGCAUCGUGGCUUUUUUGGAUGUAAACAUUUCUCAAAAACAAAUGAGCUCCUGCAGAAAUCGGGGAAGAAGCCAAUAGACUGGAAAGCUCUUUGAGUUUGUGAAGUGAUCCUACAGUUCAUAAUAAGCUCAUGAGUUCUGAUGGCUUGUGUGGUCAUCAGUAGUUUUACACUAUGUUUUUGGUGACCAAACACUGGAUGUUUUUCUCCAAAUGCUGUAUGUUUUCCUUUUCUUUUAGCAUUAGAGUUAAACUUAAUCUUAGUUUAUUUCUUUGUUGAGCAAUUUUUUUUUCUUUAUCUAUGUUGUAUCAUUCAUUUUCCAGAGAAAUGGUGUGUUGUAAACUUGAUUGGGUGAGUUUUAUUGCCUACAUCAAGUAAGUGUUUCAUGCAUGCAAACUUUUUUACUACUUUAUCUAUUAUUAAACACGUUGAUUUAUAUAA